AUGAACUCCGGCUGCGUUUUCCUUGUGUACCUUACACUGAUUUGCGUGAUCACUGCUUUUGAAAGUGUUGUGAAGCUGCAGUAUGAUAACAACGGUAAGCCAUUUGUCUACUUUUCCGGAAGGAGAUAUUAUCAGACUGGAGACAAGACGGUCACCUACAUAGACAGUGCUGAUUGUAUUACCACAGUUUAUUUGGACUGGCCUGCUGUUCCAGAAAAUAUUGGUGCGAACAUGCGAUUAAUAGGCCGAUACCUGCUUGAGGCCAAUCUCAGUGUAUAA